CACUUCCUCUUCCUAUUACAGCAACAGGCCGAGCUCGCAAGCAGAUGAAGAUGCAGACGGCGGCCGUCUCCAAGUGGCGUGCCAGCGAUCGCUUUUGGGAAGACUUUCCACCCCGUGUGGCGUGAUCAUGUGACCUGUGCGCGGCCGGCGUUGAGGCUUGAGGUCAACCUGCUGCAGGUGGACAAGAUGGAGCAGGAGCAGGAGCCGGGUCAGGAAUCUUCUCAGGUUACAGAUGUCAUCAAAGCGCCCCAGAAAGGUGAGACCAAGCGCUACAGCGAGAUCUUCAGAGACUUUGACAACCUCGAGUUAUCAUUUAUCACCAUUGACACGGACGAUUUGGUGUCCGACACAAUCGAGUGCAACACUGGCGAGGAAGCGGAUCUCGCAGAAAACACUGAACCAGCUGAACGCUGUGUUACCAUCGAAGGUGAUGGAAACUCAGCCCACGAGGCCGACCUGGCGCUGUGCCGCUGCGAGGACGGCGUGGAGACGGCCCUACAAUACGCCAAGAUGUGGUGCCGCUACGCCAAGGACCUCCUGGCAUGGAUGGAGAAGAAGCUCAGCUUGGAACAAGAAUUUGCCAAAAAUGUCACAAAGACAUCGGAAGCCGCCAAAGCCAGUUUGGCAGCACAGGAAACGAUGCCGCUGCAGUACAUCUACGCCAUGGCUCUCGAGCAAGACCUGAAGAACAGUUUGAACUCUCGCAGGACUUGGGACCUCAUACACAGCCGCUGUUACCAGGCCUUGGCUGCCAAGAGGAAUGAGAUUGAUAAGUGGCGGCGGGAAUUCAAGGAGCAGUGGGUGAAGGAGCAGAGGAAGAUGAACGAAGCGGUGACGGCUCUGAAAAAGUCUCGGCAGCAAUAUUACCAGCGCUGUGAAGAACUUCAGAAGGCCAAAGCCAUCACGGCUAAAACCGUGGACGAACCGGGCGGCAUCAAAAAUAUGGAUAAGAGGAAAAAGUCCAAGGAUGAAGCCCAGACGAAGGUGAUGGAGUCCGAGCUCCUCUACAGACAAUGCGUGCUGGAUGCCCAGAUCCACCAGGAUGAGCUGGUCAAGGUCAAAGAGAGAAUCAUCUCCCACACCCGCAAGCUCAUCUGUCAGGGGGACACGGUGCUCAAGCAGGUCACCGUCAACAUGUUCUACUACCAGCGGCAGCAGACCGAGCCGAUUCCUCUGGCCUAUCAGAAUUUGGAGCUAACGUGCCGCUCGCUGGAGCCCGGCGAGCCCUACUUGAUGUACGUACGCGGAACGCGACGCCAGGAGACACCUCUGCAGAUCUUCUCUUUUCAGGAACAUCAGGGAAAACGGAACAAACGGAAAACCAGCAACCCACCUAGCUCCCUUCAGGAUUCGUCGCCGCUUACGGAGGAGAGUCCGUACAGACAACCCGGCGAUUCCAGGAGAUUCGGCUUCAGCGACAGCGAGAGCGUCGGCGGCAGUUUGGAGUCUCUAUCCAGCCCCGCUCACAGGAGGGUUCAUAGAACUUACAACUUGGAGGACACGGAUGAUCGCGACGUGGCGUCUGAAUCUGAGUGCCUCGACGGCCAGCAGGUCAAAGUUCGCACGCCAUCCCGGGCGGCGCUAACUCACCGACUUAAGAAGUUGAAGAGCAAGAUGGUGAAAUGCAAACAGUGUGACAACUAUAUUUACGUCAACGGCGUGGAAUGCGAAGAGUGUGGGUUGGGUUUGCACCGGAAGUGCCUGGAGGUGUGUCAGAUGGAGUGCGACAACCACAAGGGGUCGCUGUUUGGCGUUCCCCUGUCCUUGCUGCUGCGGGACACGCCGGACGAUGUCCCUUUUGUGGUGCGACGUUGCACAGCCGAGAUCGAGAGUCGUGCUCUCUCCUUGCAGGGCGUGUAUCGGGUGAGCGGGUCCAAGCCUCGCGUCCAGAAGCUGUGCCAGGCCUUGGAGGAGCUCAAAGAGGACGUGGACCUCUCGGAGGUGUCUCCACAUGACAUCACCUCCAUGCUGAAGCACUUCUUCAAGGAGCUUCCGGAACCCCUGCUGACCUUUGAACUCUACAACGAGUUCAUCGCGUCCGGCAGGAGCAUCCAGCGUGUUGGCGAUUGGGAAACGACGCAAGAUGCUAACAAGUUGAUGGACCUCGUUGGAAAUCUGCAGCAGCUCCUGCGGAAACUCCCCGUCUGCCGUUACAACACUUUGCAGCACCUUAUACGCCAUCUUCACAAGGUUUCCAGAAACAACGAGAACAAAAUGUCUUCCAACAACUUGGGGAUCGUCUUCGGUCCGACUCUCUUGCGCCCCCCGGUGUGCAUAGAGCAGCCCGCGGUGGCCCUGCAGGAAAACACCUACCAGGCUUCACUGGUGGACUUCCUCAUCUCGCACCACGACAAGAUCUUCGUCCUCCGGCAGAGAGCCAGGACGGCCACUCCUCCUCCGGCCCCAAUCGGUCCGCUUCCGGAGACCCCUUCCAGGCGCACCUGUCCUCUGGAUGAGGACUUGGACACCAGACCAGAACAAGGAACAUCUUCCAGAGAGCGGCCUUACUCACUAGAAAGCGAAAAAAUGAAGAGAGAGUCGAGCGAGGGUUAUAUAUCUGACAAGUCUUCAUCCAAUGAGGCAGUGGACCAGCUCAGCCCCGAAGCCAAUAACAGAGCAGUCUUGGCUAUGAGCGGAGCCCCGAGCAAGACUCAUCAAGACCCGAUGCGGGAUUUUGUCUUGGACAAGCCGCAGUACCGCUUCACCAGGCAGCCCGUCAAGUACCACCGCCAUAAUAACCCGAGAGGCCGAGGCGCCGGGCAGAACCGCGACCUCAGACGGCCCGCGCCGCCUUCCGUCGAUGCUCCGGGAAGCCCAGACAGCAGUCGCAGCUCCUCCCCGGAGCGAGCCGCAAACGGACGUUCCCAGAGUUUGGACCGGGUCGCCCGUGCUGCUGAGGACGUUCCUCCUCUGAGCCCGCGGGAUGUGGUGCAAUACAUGCUCGGACUGGAGCCGGCGGGUGACCUCGGCGUGAGCUGCGCCCCGAUUGGUGCACAGAGGAAGGCAUUGUGUCACUCUCCGAGGGCAAUUCCCACGGAGCAUCACUUCACCUCGCCCUCGCAGAAGAUUCUGUCCGGUCUGAAGCUGAGGCGCAGCCAAUCAGGCAAGGAGGAACAACUUUUUGUGUGAGCACCACCAUCUUGCUACUUUCACAAUGUCUUCUCACUGGGGUGCUUCUGCUUUUGUAGCCUUCACACUAGUCUAGUUUGUACCUUGAGAGACAGAAAUGGACUCAAACAAAGCAUAUACAUAAUAACGACAAAUAAAAAAAAAAAAUCAA